AAGAAGAAGAAGAAGAAGAAGAAGAAGCAACUGAAGCUGCUACUGCUGCUACUGCUUCGAUUUAGCCUGGUCAGAAGCAGGUUAGCCGAGUAGAGUCAGAUACUAGCUGAAUACUAGCCGUCUUCGUCGUGCGGAUUUUUUUUUUUAACGAAUGUAGUUAUUUACCACAAGAAAUGAUAUAUGAGCAAACUGGAGUAUUUUAAACUUUAGAAUAAUAAUUGAAUAAAUCGAAUCGACACAAACCAGGAAAAGGACGCGGUUCAGGUAACCAAAAAAAAAAAAAAAAAAACAAGCUAAAGUAAUACUACCUAAUGUCUUCUCCAGUGGGGGCUCCAUAGAUUGAAAUACAGGCUUGAAAAGGAUGGCUUCAUUUAGCUGGAAUAGGAAAGUGGGGGAUAAGGUUUCUAAGGCAGCAAUGCAGCAGUUUGAGUCUGAAUCAAGAAAGGUGGAAGAUCACAAGGAGCUGGAAGAAGUUGAUUGGCUACAUGCAAUCAAGCGCAGACGUGAGGUACUGCUGGAAGACUGUGCAGCGAAAAGUAAGAGACUAAAGGAUGAGGGAACACUCUUGGCUGAGCAAAGCAGACACUGGGAAGCGGUGAGGAAAUGGGAUGAGGCCAUUCAGUUGACUCCAGAAGAAGCUGUAAUUUAUGAGAUGAAAUCACAGGUGCUAACCAUACUGCAAGAGGACUUCGCUGCAGUGCAGGCAGCAGAAAUGGCAGUGAAACUUCAACCAGUGUGGUGGGAGGCAUGGCAGACUUUAGGGCAUGCCCAGAUAAACCUUGGUGAGGUAGACCUUGCUGUACGUUCCUUCCAGAUAGCACUGCACCUACACCCAUUAGAGCGUCGCCUGUGGGAGGAAGAUUUGAGAUGGGCGCUACAUCUACGUGAAAAGAAACAUGCUAUGCAGCAGAAAGCCACACAAGAUGAUCAGGCCCGAAAACUUAUUGAUGAUCCUCCCGAGCUGCAACAAGAUUAUGGGGACUUUGAUUGUGAUGAGGUCAUAGCUGCCUGCACAGCCAUAGCAGACCGCCAACAGAGAUAUGAAGAGUUAAGGAGGAACAGUAUCCUGGAUGUGCAAGAUGUUCCUAUUGAAAUGGUAGUCAGGAAUUCUAAAUUAAAUGCUUCAAAGCAUAGUUUGGUUAAAGCAAGAAUUAUUUAAGAAGUGACACUUUUGUAAACACAAUGUAAACAAAGCUGUCCAGCAGUUUACACACAGAUAGGAGUCCCUGGGACAGUUCCUUGACAAACCACCAGAGGGUACUGGCAGGCAUAUUUUUUCAGAGCCAGAUUUUACAUUCUUACAUUGUUAUUCCCCAUACAUGUUGUGGUUUGCCAUUCAUUUUGUUCUGCCUUCCUGUCAUGGUACCUGUUCCUUAUUUACCCAAAUGUUUUGCCCUAUAUAUUACAGCAGUUUUGUAUCUGUCUUUGUCAGUCAUUGUUUUGUGUUUGCAUGGUAUGGUUGUCUGUGUGUCCUGGUUCCUGUAUUUUUGCUGUGUUUUGUUACUCGUGUAUUUGUCCUGUGUUUGAUGUAAGUCUCAUUGUAGUUUACUUUUGGUAACUAAAGCCAUUCUUUACUUGA